AUACUGGCCAGCAGUAAACAUGGCGGCUAGAGCUCCAUGAACGUCAUGGCCUGACUGAGGUGACUCGGCGCGGGAUUCGGAAGGCGACUAAAGCUUGUUCGCUGAUCAGCAUGUUCUGUGAAAAGGCCAUCGAGCUGAUCCGGGAGCUGCAGCGAGCUUCUGAGGGACAGCUGCCUGCCUUCAAUGAGGAUGGAGUGAGGCAGGUACUUGAGGAGAUGAAAGCUUUGUACGAACAGAAUCAAUCAGAUGUUAAUGAAGCAAAAACAGAAGGUCGAAGUGAAUUAAUACCAACUAUUAAGUUCAGACACUGCUGCCUGCUACGAAACCGACGCUGCAUUGUUGCAUAUCUCUAUGACCGCCUGCUUCGGAUCCGAGCUCUCCGCUGGGAGUACGGCAGCGUGUUACCAAAUGCUCUGCGGUUCCAAAUGUCUGCCGAAGAGACUGACUGGUUUAAUCAGUACAAGAAAUCCCUGGCAACGUAUAUGAGGUCUCUGGGAGGUGAUGAAGGUCUGGACAUAACACAAGAUAUGAAGCCCCCCAAAAGUCUGUACAUAGAGGUGCGCUGCUUGAGAGAUUAUGGUGAAUUUGAGAUUGACGAUGGCACAACAAUUCUGCUGAAGAAAAACAGCCAGCAUUUUCUGCCAAGAUGGAAAUGUGAGCAGCUGAUCCGACAAGGCGUUCUGGAGCAUGUGUUGUCAUAGAGAUGUGCGGCCUUUUCCUAUUAAUUAGACCUGUAUUAUAUACUUUGUAAAUAUGGAUUUGUACUUUAAUAAACAUUAA